AGCACGCAAGUUUCAUUCUCGCCCUCAAGGGAAGUGGCACAUAACCAGCCGUACGAUUAAGCUGACCACCAGGAUCCAAUCCGACGGUUUCAUGACUGCAUGCCAAAGCCUCUCCUUAUCUUAUCUUAUCUUAUCUUAUCUAAUGAGUCACCUGACAACCCCGCUCGCCGGUACAUCUGCAGUCGUAAAUUCGAACUGAACUGAACUGAACGUCACGCUCGACAUCUACUAUGGUGUACCCUUGCCUCCUUCAAAAUGACUACUAUCUCCCAUUUCCCAAUCGAGAUGCUUUGCUCGAUUGCUAAUCUUCUCGAUGACGAAGCCUUCUUCCGGUUUCGGCAAACGUCCCGGUUGAUUAAUAACAGCACAGCCUCGCAAUUCGCCACGCGAUAUUUCGAACGCCGCUGUGUCUUUCUGCAGCGCCACAGUCUGGAAGCUCUUAUCGAUAUUGCGCGUCACCCGACGUUCGGUCCCACAGUGCAGUCGCUCGACAUCAGCAUCGUCCACAUCACAAAGGACCCUGAUCUCUGGGAACGGGACAUGCAGUAUCGCCCAGAGGAGGGUAAUGAAGUGGAAAUAGGUGAGCCAAGCCCAGAAGACCAGGGCUCUUCGCCGAGCAGUCCGUGGUCUGAAGAUUCCCACGUGCCAGACUUUGAGUCUUCCGCCGAGAAGGAGAAGGCAGUAGUAAACACCAUCGCAUAUAGUCGUUAUCAAGACGAUCAGAGAUAUAUAAUGGAGUGUGGAAUGGCUACUGCAUACUUGACCCUGGCGCUUACUGCAAUGCCGAACUGCAGGACGAUCAUUCUCUCAGGCCAAGACCGUCCUUGGGGCGCAAGGCUACAGGCCAAACAAACGGGCUUAUGGCCGACUACUAACACCGACACAAUUGAGAGUGGCGAGUUCGCGAGACAUGCACUACAAGUCGUGCUUGCAGCUGUGGUUGCAAGCCGUGUCUCGCUAGAGGAGCUUGACAUACUGUUUAACCUCCAGGAUUUCCGCGCUGGCUCACAUGGGUUUGUCUCGGAUCUCGCUGCCCAGCAGAUACGCUCCUGUUUCCUCGACCUGGAUACCCUCCGCUUGAACGUCUGUUCGGAGUACUUUACCCUCUCGGAUAGCGGGGCGGGCAGUCUUGUGCGAUUCAUCGAGCUUUUCCCGACCGCGACGCUUCUCGAUCUGCGCAUGGGUGGCCGUAACAAGUUGUCCCUAGUCACCGCGAUCGCCGGAUCUCUGCAGAUGACAGCCCUCCGAGAGUUGGAGCUCCACUGGGUGAAUUGCACCGCCGAUGCGCUGGUUAAGAUUCUAUGCCGGCAUCAGAGCACCUUAAAAGACGUGCUCUUCAACGGUGUGCAUAUCCACGAGACUCAAGGUUGGCCGCUAAUCUUCUGUGUCCUUCGCGACAAGCUAAGCGUCGAAAGCUUGCUAGUUGCGAACUGCUUGAGCGCAAAACAGUGGGUUAGGUUCCGUAAACCUGGGGGCGAAGAACGAGGUAUCCAAAUUCGCGGCGAUUGGGACUCGCUUACUAGCGCCAUCGACCGGAUUGUGCUGGAAAAGGUAGAAAAUCCAAGGAUGCGAUCUCCCUUUGGUUUGCUGGGGUAUUGAUAUGACCCUCUUGCAAGCUACCACGAAACGGAUGUUUAGAAAACACCAUAAUACCGAUGCUAGCUAUUGAAUUUGCUUUAGUCAGUUUCUGUACUACCUGCUUUCUUCGGUUAUUCUACUUGGACUCGUUAUUCGUCUCAGCAAUCUAUUUCGAAGGCCUGCUCCACCUCAUCCAUCUUCUCUUACCAUGCAAUACCCACCUGCCAUGCGUACCCGC